AUGAGUGGUUCAGGCAAGGGAUUAAUAGGGCUGUGGCUCUAUCGCAACGACGACCUCUGGACGGUGAAAGAUCCUAUGCAGGGCUUCCCCAAGCCUAUUCAAGAAGAGCCCAACGAAGACGUCGAGGAUCGUGAAAUGUCAGUGAGUCCAUCAACAUCGAGGAAAAAGUCUACUACCAACGUGCAAGAGCAGCUUGCAGAGAAGAAUUAUAAUGAUGAAGAGAAUGACAACGUCGAUUUAACAUUGUCGGAGCCUGAAAAGAAGUGUCAUCAAAACCCAAAGCGUUUGCAAUCAUCCGCUGGAGUUGAUACGUUAACAAACGAUGAAGUCUACACCCCGUCCUGCAAUUCGGUGGUGUUCAGCCUCAAGAAUCAAGUUGGUGGCCUAGCUAAGGCCCUCCAUGUUUUCAAGCAAAGAGGCAUCAACGUUGUGCACAUUGAGAGCCGGCGUCAUCAUCGCCGAGACUCGCAGAUGGAGUUCCUAGUAGACAUCGAGUGCGACAACCCUCAGAUGGAGGAGGUGACGAAGCAGCUACGGCGUCAGGUAUCCUGCCUCAGUCUGCACGAGUACGACCGCGGCGACGAAUUUCCAGAGCCUCCGCCGUGCGGUCUGCCUACAGACGAGAGCUUUGAUCUUGGAGACUCGUGCCCUUGGUUUCCUCGCAAGAUUGCGGAUUUGGACCACUUCCAGACGGUGCUCAUGUACGGAUCCGAUCUUGACGCUGACCACCCGGGCUUCAAGGAUCCAGUUUACCGCAAGCGAAGGAAGCUCUUCUAUGAUACUGCAAUGAAGUACCGAUUUGGCCAGCCGAUUCCAAGGGUGAAGUACACGAAAGAGGAAACUGAGACUUGGGGUACAAUAUUCCGUGAGCUGCACAACCUGUACCCAACGCAUGCGUGCAAAGAGUACAACGAGAACUGGCCAAUGCUGGUCAAACACUGCGGCUACAGGGAAGACAACAUCCCACAGCUCGCUGAUAUUGACGCUUUCCUGCGAGGAAAGACAGGCUUUACUCUGCGGCCAGUGGCAGGCUAUCUCUCCCCUCGCGACUUCCUAGCAGGACUGGCCUUUCGCGUGUUCCACUGUACCCAGUACAUCCGGCAUUCCUCGGACCCUUUCUACACCCCAGAGCCGGACUGCUGUCACGAGCUGCUGGGACACAUGCCACUCCUGGCAUGCCCCAGCUUUGCUCAGUUUUCCCAGGAGAUCGGCUUGGCCUCCUUGGGCGUCAGUGAUGAGGAACUCACUAAGAUUGCAGCUCUGUACUUCUUCACUGUCGAGUUCGGACUUUGCAAAGAGCAAGGACAGCUACGCGUGUACGGCGCUGGGCUUCUGUCGAGCGUCGCGGAGUUGCGUCAUGCGCUCUCCUGCGCUGCGAAAGUAGAAGAGUUCGUCCCUGAGCGCGUGAGCUCCGUGGAAUGUCUCGUCACGACUUUCCAGCGCCAGUACUUCUACACCGACACCUUCGAGCAGGCCAAGGAGGCGUUGAGGGAGUACGUGAGUCGCAUCCAGCGCCCUUUUAGCGUGCGUUAUAACGCUUAUACGCACAGCGUCGAGGUUCUCACCGACACCAACAAGUUGGCCAACAUGGUCUCCGAGCUGAAAGGCGAUCUUUGCAUCGUUCGCAACGCUUUAGUAAAGUUGCAGGCUUAUGACGAAGGCGGUGCUGACGUUGAGAACAUCACCGAGAUGCUAGCGUCGGCCCUCAAGGGAGAAACUUACAAAACUUGAACAAUUUUCGGCAAAAACUGGACUUGAAUUUGGGCUUCUUCUUCGGACAACGAUGGAAUCUCUACUGUAUUGUGGUAUUGAAUUCUGUGCUCCACUGGACAAGUAAUACAGUUCACACUUAAGUGGAUUUUGGAUCAUUUUCGACUUAUGUGAUUGGGAUUAAAUCUCAAUCACGUGUUAAGUUAUAAAUGAAACUUAUGUUGCGUGUUAUAAAUUUCAUGAUGAUAUGAUUUCUUGAGGAUACAAGAUGAUGAUGGUGAUUUAUUGAUGAUGCAAAAUUGUAUGAAGAACCGUGGAUACAUUGUUCAUGUAUGAGUUGUAACAAAUUGUUACAAUUAUUUUUAUUAAUAGUUCGAAGUGGAAUUCGUAGACAAUCCAACGCAGUAAAAUGAAACCGAGAAACACAUUGUUAUUACAAACUAGUAAAUUUUUCAAGCAGCGCUACAAUUGUUGAUAUGAUUAAUUGUAAAUUUAGCUUCGUGGCACAGUUCAUGAAGGAGGAAAAAGUAUUCAUAUUCAAUAAUUGGUGACGUUCAAAUUUCAAUAACACAUUCCUUUCGACGAUGAAUAUUUCAGUUCGAUGAACCAUAAUUGAUUGUCAUCCGUGCUCCUAUAAUUCGUAUUGAGGCUAUAUAAAACGUUGGUAAAAUGAAGAGAUUUUCACAUGGGCCCUUAUUAAUACACGGUAUGGUUAUAAAAAGGUUAAUGGUUAGAAAUUGUAGGGAAAAGUUAUAAACAAAUAAAUGUGCAUGAACAUAGAGGUAAAAAAUUCAUCAACACACUCGUUUUCAGGUGCUUUAGGCUUCAUGUUUUUUUUGUGCUUGACCACCAA